GGUAUUAUUGAAAUGAGCGGGCACACUGCCGGCUCUAUCUUCUUCGUGAAUCAUUUUAUUGGGUGGCAGAAAGAAAAAAUCUUAAAAGAAACAUGGCCAAAAACACAUCCAGCAACGCUUUCCGCAAGAUUGACGUAGACCAAUACAACGAGGAUAACUUUCGGGAGGACGACGGUGUGGACAGCGCUGCCGCAGGGCCAGACGAGAGCGAGAUCACAACAUUGCUUACGCAGGGGAAGUCUGUGGAGGCUCUGCUCAGUGCGCUCCAGAACGCCCCACUGCGCUGUAAGAACCAAAAUGUGAAGGACCACGCCCUUAACAUAACUCUGCGAGUGUUGCUCUCUAUUAAGUCGACGCAAAUCGACCAAGCCAUUGACACUGUGGACCAGAACGACUUGAUCGAUGUGCUUAUGAAGUAUAUCUAUCGCGGAUUCGAGAUUCCUUCGGAGGGUUCCAGUGGACACCUGCUUCAGUGGCAUGAGAAGGCCUUCGCCAAGGGAGGUGUUGGCUGCAUCGUGAGAGUCCUGUCGGACACGAACCGUGCCUAGACGGGGCACCUCAAUCAAAGGCUGUCAUUGUUUCCCCAUCCCCCUGUCUUUAGUCCCUUCGCGUCGUGGAGCAUUUAUGAAUGCCGGCUUGGCGCUGUGGAGACCAAUUCCUUCUGCCAAUUGUCGAUUUUCCGGGCAAUGAUCUGAGCGCCUCUUCAGUCAAAUAGUCGGAAUAAUACAAAUGACAAAGUUUUCCAAAUUAGAUCUUAACUGGUAUUCAAGUAUUAAAGUUUUUAUUACGAAAUAUGA